ACUCCCCAAUGCCCACGUUAUCUAGUACUCCAGUGGAAGAGGCGAGUACAGCAUCCUCAGAUUCAUACAAGAUAAUAACACCUCUGGUAUGAGUCCAAUCGUGGACAGUACCGGAAGGCGAUGAUCGCUUAUUUUCGUGCAGUUGCUCGGCACCUUCCAGUGAAUCUUACAUUAUACGGCAUUCUUUGUGAUCAAGUCUAUAUAUACUACAUGUCCUUUCCGAAGGACCGUCCAUUGUCGAAGAUCAUUGUAUAUGUUCUCUGGCUCACCGAGACUGUUCAGACUGUUAUCCAUAUCUCCGACAUUUCCGACAUCUUCUGUUAUCAUUUUGGGAACCUUUCUGAACUUGAUGGUGUCCGCCUCUCAUGGUUCACCGUUCCCAUUCUCUCUGGAUUCGUUGGCUGUGUCUGUCAAUUAUUUUAUGCAUGGCGGAUGUAUCGAUUCAGUAAAAAGACUCGGUGGAUAAGUAUUACCCUUUCGAUGAUCGCAUUUAUUCAAUGUGCGGGUGCGAUUGCUUGCGGCAUCCAAGCAGGAAGGUAUGACCACUACCCAGAACUCCAGACAGAUUUGACGGUCGAGGUGGUUACAAUAAUCUACUCAGGUACUUAUUUCCUAGGCUAAUACGUCUGACCAUCGAAACCGGAACAGCAAUAGCAGCGCUUGCUGUCAUCGACAUCGCACUCUUCCUCGCCUACCCCAAUAACAACUACGACGUUGUCCCAGCGAAUUGCUUUGUAAUAAUGUACUCGAAUAUCGUCCUUGCUAUUUGCAAUAGCCGUAUGACAAGGCAGAUUCGUGGAGGGAGGGAAGAUACGCAACUCUUCCCUCAUAUGAGUCUUUCGAUUUGUUGAAUGGUGGAUUGAAUAUCGAGUUUCAAAAUACACAGACCACCAA